GAGAGAGAGAAAGCGAAAGAGAGAGAGAAUGAGAGAGAGAGUGAGAGAGGAGCAAGAGAGAGAAAAGGAAGAGGGAAAGAGAGAGAGUGUGAGAGAGAGAGAAACGUCCACUCCUCCAAGCCUGCAAUCACAGACGGCUGCUCACACUUCUCUUCUCUCCGUUCGACAGGAGACAGGGCUGAGCGCUCCCGCAUCCUGGCGGCCGGUGGAGAGGACAGACCAGGCUCAGUGUCCCCCCUUCCUCACCUCCUCCUCCUCCUCCUCCUCCGCUCACCUUUAAAUCACCGAGUCUGGCGCAAGAGCCCGGGAUUUCCCCAGAGGAGCAGCGGGAGGACACAAAACAGGAACACGAGAUGUUCGCCGACACUGAAUGAGGAGAGCGAGAAAGAAAGAGAGAGAGAGAGAGGGAGAGAAAAGGAGAGUGCCAGAGAGGGGGAGAGCUCGCCCUCACAAUGCUGCGUCUGAGCGCUGGUGCCUGGGGCUGAUCUGGGCUCGGGUUCGACAGUGACAGCGGAGCUCCCGCGCGCCGGGAUGAGAGAGCUGGGAGCGCGGUUCCUCCACUGAUCCGUCUGCGCCACCCGACGAAACCACGCCCACCCGCCCCCUGGCCCCCCCCCCUCCUCCGCCGGCCACUGGGGCACUAUGUGGAUGUUUUUCACGGCCGCCGUGUGGAUCGCGGGCGCGCUGGCUCUCGCUCGCGGCUACGGCUUCGGACAGGACUACUACGAGGCCGCCGGGGACACGGAGGACACAGAGCUUGGCAGUGUGGGAGAGAGCCGCCUGGACGGGGUGACCAGCGUGGACGAGCUCCUGGAGAUGCUUUACCCCGAAUACAGCCUGGUCCAGCACUGCCUGCGCAAGAGGGCGCCCACCACCCCCUACCCGCCCGGCCCAAAGGAGGGCCUGUGGGGCAGCCCCCUCCAGGCCGCCCACUACAAGGUCGACGGGACCUUAGAAGCCAUCAUGGAGGAGAUGCAGCGUGUGGCCUGUCGCCCACGGGAGGUGUGUCUGGAGGUGUCUAAGGAGUACCCAGAGAGCACCAGCCACUUCUACGUGCCCCGCUGUGUGUCUGUGUACCGCUGCGGAGGCUGCUGCAACCACGAGGCCCUGUUCUGCACCAACACCAGUCAGAGCCUGGUCAACAAGACCCUGGUUCAGCUGUCCCCACCACAGUCGGAGCGCACUGUGAUCAUGGCAACCUUCGUCAACCACACAGCCUGCGAGUGUCAGCCCAAGAGACCGCUCCGCCCCAUCAUACGGAGAGCGGCCGCCUUCCACCACUCCCUGUGUUCUCCCCCAGACACCCCCUGUGACGUGGGGCUGGUCUGGGAUCCCACAGGUUGUCAGUGUGUAUCCGAAGACGAGAGCGCUCUGUCCGCAGCUGAGCUGGACCCCCUGGACGCCGCCCUGCUGGCCCUCUGUGGCCCCAGCAAGGUCCUGGACGAGGAGCGGUGCGAGUGCGUGUGCCAGAACGGGCUGACGGAGGCCAGCUGUGGGCCGGGGUGGCGGCUGGACGAGGCGGCCUGCGAGUGCGUGUGCGAGGGCCAGCCGGCCCCCGGGGCCUGCCCGCCCAACCAGCGCUGGGACCCUGAGCUGUGCGGCUGCGUCUGCAGCGCCAGCUGCCCCCGCAGCCAGCCCCUCAACCCCGAGACCUGCCUGUGCCAGUGCCGGGAGAGCUCCCAGACGUGCCUGCUGCAGGGCAAGAAGUUCAACCCCCAGACCUGCAGCUGCUAUCGGCUGCCCUGCAGGAAUCCGCACAGGAAGUGUCCCACAGGCUUCUAUUACAGCCACUAUGUCUGUCACUGUGUCCCCAACUACAUGAGGUCGGGGGAGUGGAACUAAAGAGGAGGGGCCUGCGUCCAUCGCAUCGUUAUUUAUUUCCUUUGACGGACACGGACCCGCUCGCAGUACCCAGGGCGACGCAGGUUGUACAUAUUGCUCACCAAUACGGAUGGGAGCUGGAUUUUAACCCAAGCGGUUUGAGGUCGAGGGCCUCACUGAAGGGCGACUACAGGAACAGCCUGUCCAGAAUCUGCCACCGCAGCCCUCCUUGUCACCCGACCCUGUUGCCUAGCAAUGCGACACGUGGUUUCCCUGGCGUCCGCAUCCUUGUGAGCAGUGCCAGGGCUGGUACUGCAGGGGUGAGAUGAACAUUGCCAUGGAAACCCUACAAAUUAAAAACAGGUCUGCUUGGGAGAAGGAUCAGGCAAUGCAGCAGAAACUUGUUUUUUUAACAUUAAUGGGGUAAGACAAAAGGGUCAUAAUGAGUGAGCCUUAUACGGUGACUCAAACAGUGUUUCAUUUAGCCACAGUCUCUUGAGGGACACUGCUUACAGAAAUAACUUACUUACAGAAACAAAAGCAGAUAAAUCCAAGGACAGCAUACUUACCCACAGGUUUCACAAGGUGCUCAAAUACUGAAAAGAUUAACGGUUAGCUUGCUGAACUAAAGACCCAGGUCGAUGACACCAGGAACCAAUCACCUAUCAUCCUGGAUCGAGAGGAUGAUGUCACUUCCUGCAGCAUACUUGCAUCAGCUCCUGAAGUUGAUCACAUUGAGGUCCCAGGGCUCUUUCCAAUCGCUUAUUUUACAUCCCUGUAUCCUUUCCUCGCUGCUUUGCUCCACCCAUCAGAGGAUGCAAGGGAAGGACCUAAGGCCAGAGGAAACAAGAAAACAUAUAUUAGGCAAAUGGAACGUCCUUGUUCAGUCAAGCGUCAGAUUGAAGCCACGUCAGUUAUAAAACAUGGCAGAUGGGGAGGAAUGGAUCCACAGGUUGAUCAUUUAUACAUCAUGUGUUCUGAAAAAAAAUGCUUCCGUAAAGGAUUCACUUGUGUAUCCUUGCUCAAGCAUACUUCAGGAGCCUCCUAGCUUCUUCAUGAAGCAUUUAAUAAGAUGUCCUUAAAGAUGGUGGACCUGGAUCAAUUUCCGGGUCAGUCAAGGACUGAGGAGACAAAACAGAUAGAAUAAGUGAUUGGAAAGAGCCCCUGGUUUUUGCUGAAUGUACUUCACUUGAGGGUUACAGAACAGUUUAAUGUCACAGACUGCAGAUACUUUAAGUCAGAGGUGUCAAACUGAAUCCCAAGGGGGCCGCAGUGUCUGCAGAUUUUUUGUGGUUUCCUUUCAAUCAGCUGCCAAUUACAGCCUUCAGAACAAGGUGUGUGGAUUCCUUAGCCAAUCAUGAACUUAAA